AUGAUUUCGAUUUGGUGGACGUUACUUUUUUUAACCGUUUCACGUAUUUACCCUGUCAGGGGACAAUAUAAUAGUAAUUGCGGUCAAAAAGAUUAUGAUAGAUGUGUCAGAUUGGCUGAUCCAUUAUUAACAGAUCCUCAUCUUAUUUUUCCUGAUAACAUGGCGGAUGUUGAUAAUGUUUGCAGAACUUGGAGCAAGUUUGUCGAUUGUAUAAAGAGUUACAUUGAUCGUUGUUUUACCGAAUCUCGUCGAAAUCAAUUUAACAAAGCCGUUGAAAGUCCGGUCGAUUCCAUAUAUCAAAUGUGCACAUCCAGCACAUACCAACAAGAAUAUUUACAACAUGCUUCUUGUCUCAAAUCCACACUAACAGAAGACAUUCAUUGUGGGGUUUAUUAUAAACAAUUAGUGGCACACGUACAAGGACCAAGAGAUAUGGGUAGAUCAGAUCUUUGUUGUUCCCAUCACAGAUUUAGAGAAUGUGUAUUGACCGAAACAAGAAGAGCAUGCGAUGGUAAAGUAUCGGCAACGUCAAAAAUGGUCGCAAGUGCUUUCAGCAGACAAAUUCUUGAUAAAGCAUUGAGUUUUCUAAGAGAACAAUGUUCAUCAUACUUACCGGGACAAGGAGAAUGUCCAGGAUAUGUACCGCCAUCGGUAACGAGACAAGAUGAAAAUUAUGGAAAAUCAAGCGUUAAUAACAUAAUACAUUCAACUCCUUCCGUCGAAACGAGAUACAUAACAAACGAUCAAGUUUUUUCCGAUAAUUUUCAUCAACCGACCGUCGUAGAACAAUCGACGAUAAAUACGCUAUCAUGGAGUCCGAAUACUAGAGAUUCGAGAAGGAAAACAACAAAAGCUGCUGAAUAUGAUUAUUCGACCGAAUUAAGAACUCCGACCACUAUUGAGGACACAUCAUCACGUUCGAGUUAUGGUAGAGGAAUGUCAAUGACAUCCACACAAUCCUCGUCGUCGUCGACAGGAACAACAAGAGAUGAUAUAUUUAAAGCAACUCAUUAUAAACCCUCGACGGAAUCCUGGUAUCCUGGAAAAAAUAUAAAUUUUUACAAUGCCGAAAAGGAAAUAAAUGAUUUUCCCAGCAAUCAGGUUGAUGAACCCAAUCAACAGGGUUUAGCACGUUUGGAUAUUGAUACGGAUUUAAAUUCUGGUUCCACUGGUUACCAUUAUAGCAGCAGCUUUACCAUUUUGUAA